AUGGAUAGGGAAAAUAUCAUUUUCCUCUUCUUGCUAGUACUAACAGUUUUCACUCUUCAAACUUCAACAGCUUCUCAGAUGUUGGUUUCUCGUAGACACCUCGUAGGAGAAUGGCGAUUGUUGCACAAAAGUAUUGGCAUAACCGCGAUGCAUAUGCAACUCUUGCAUAAUAACAAGGUAGUUAUAUUUGAUAGGACGGAUUUUGGACGUUCUAACCUCUCCCUUCCAAGAGGGCGUUGUCGUUAUAAUUCCCAUGACUUGGUCCUACACAAAGACUGCUCUGCUCACUCUGUUUUAUACGACAUUGGUAGCAACACGUUCCGUCCACUAAUGGUCCAAACGGAUACCUGGUGCUCCUCUGGUGCUGUCCUCCCAAAUGGAACGUUAGUACAAACCGGGGGAUACAAUGAUGGAGACCAUAUAAUACGUACUAUAGCACCUUGCACGGGUGAGAAUUGUGAUUGGUUUGAGCUUCCCCGGACUUUAAUUCAACGAAGAUGGUAUUCAACUGACCACAUCCUUCCUGAUGCACGAAUAAUCGUGAUAGGGGGAAGAAAACAGUAUAACUAUGAGUUCUACCCGAAAAAUUACAGAGGAAACUCUGCUUUCAGGCUACAAUUUCUCAAGAGUACUCGAGACAGGAAAGACGAGAACAACUUGUAUCCAUUCGUGUUCUUACUACCAGAUGGAAACCUUUUAAUUUUCGCGAAUACACGAGCUAUAAUUCUUAACUACAAGAAAAAUCAGGUGCUGAGGGAAUUGCCUUCCAUUCCAGGUGAUGAACCUAGGAACUAUCCAAGCACUGGCUCAGCAGUCUUACUUCCACUAGACGAAAAUCGCCCUAUGGAAGCUGAAAUCAUGGUAUGUGGAGGAGCCCCUCGUCGUGCAUAUGGACUUACAGCUAAUAUGGUCUACAUGAAAGCCCUUUCAAGUUGUGGACGAAUCAGUGUCAGCGAUGAUCAUGGUAGAUGGAAAAUGGAGACAAUGCCAACGCCACGAGUCAUGAGUGAUAUGAUAAUACUACCCAAUGGGGAUAUUCUUAUCAUAAAUGGUGCAUCAAGGGGAACAGCAGGCUGGGAUAACGCGCGUUCCCCUGUCACUAGGCCAGUGAUUUAUCGGCCUAACAUGAGGAGAUACAACAGGUUUUCGAUCAUGAAAGCAUCUUCAAGACCCCGGCUUUACCAUUCCUCAGCCAUUUUGAUGACCGAUGGACGGGUUCUAGUAGGAGGAAGCAAUCCACAGGAAAACUACAACUUCACUGGUGUGGAAUUCCCAACUGAUCUAAGCUUGGAAGCCUUCUACCCGCCUUUCUUAGCCCGAAAACACAAGCAUCUAAAACCAACAGUCCUCUCUAUGGAUGAAAUCUUGAUAUACAAAAAAUCAUUUUCCGCGACUUUCACAGUGCCUAGAUUCUUGAGAAUGGGGACUGUUUCAAUCAGGAUCAUCGCGCCUUCAUUCACCACACAUUCUUUUUCGAUGAACCAACGAAUGGUGGUGUUGAAGGGAGUCGUGGUUGUUGCAGUAUCCGCUAAUACUUAUAAAUUCACAGCAUUUGGUCCAUCAACUAAAGAAAUUGCACCACCAGGAUACUAUUUGCUCUUUGUAGUACAUGCUGGCAUACCAAGCUCUGGUAUGUGGGUGAAAAUCCAGGAUAGUACUUGA